CUGAGGCAGCAGAUGCACUUCUAGGCACUCAACUACUUAGGAUCUUCACAGUUUCUAACUUAAACUUUCAAACAUUUAUACAGUUAUCAGUUAUGUGGUACAAGCCGAUACAAGGAAAGAAUAUCUCUGCAAUCUGCUUCACAGUGAUUUGUAUCUUUUCCUCAACUAUCUGCAGUGAUGAAGAUGAUAUUGUUCUAACAAAAUCUGGAAAAGUAAAAGGAAUACAAAUAUCAGUGUUUUCUAAGACAAUUACAGCUUUCCUCGGGAUACCAUAUGCAGAACCACCACUUGGAGCUUUGAGAUUUAAAAAACCUGAGCCGAUCCAACCAUGGUCUGAAGUGUGGAAUGCUACAGAAUAUGGAAAUUCCUGCUACCAAUAUGUUGAUCAAACAUUCCCUGGGUUUUCUGGGGCUGAAAUGUGGAAUCCAAAUACACAAUUAAGUGAAGACUGUCUUUACCUUAAUAUAUGGAUACCAAGUCCAAAGCCAAGAAAUGCCAGUGUCAUGAUUUGGAUAUAUGGUGGUGGUUUUCAGACAGGAACAUCCUCAUUAGAUAUUUAUGAUGGCAAGUUUUUAGCUCGGAAUGAACGUGUUAUUGUAGUAUCACUGAACUAUAGAGUGGGGAUUUUAGGCUUUUUGGCUUUUCCUGGUAACCCAGAAGCACCAGGAAAUGCUGGCCUGUUUGAUCAGAGGUUAGCACUUCAGUGGAUUCAUGAAAAUAUUGCAGCAUUUGGUGGUAAUCCAAAAAGUAUAACUCUUUUUGGAGAAAGUGCAGGGGGAGGGUCUGUCAGUUAUCAUUUGCUUUCUCCUAAAAGUCAUCCGUAUUUUACCAGAGCCAUUAUGCAAAGUGGAACUGCAAAUUCCCCUUGGGGUGCUAUUAGUGGCACAGAAGCCCAUAAUCGAGCUCUGAUUAUAGCAAACAUGUUGAGCUGUUCCUUCAGAAAUGAGACAGAAAUAAUUGCUUGUAUGCGGAGUAAGACUCCUCAAGAAAUGAUUGAAAGGUCACUUUCUAUUGUAACAGAUAAAUCAUUAAUAGAACUUAAUCUUCCUCCAGCAGUUGAUGGAGAUUUUCUCAUUGAUUUACCUGAAAAUCUUCUGCAACUUGGACAACUUAAAAGAGAUGCACAGAUAUUAACGGGUGUUAAUAAGGAUGAAGGGACAUAUUUCUUAGUUUACCAAAUACCGGGGUUUAGUAAAGACCACGAAAGUUUUAUAAAUCAAACUCAGUUUCAAAAAAGUGUAAAACGAGCAUUUCCCAAAGCCACUGAACUUGCAGUCGACUCUGUAAUUUUUCACUACACAAACUGGGAAGAUGAACAUAAUCCAGUUCUUAAUCGUGAUGCCAUGGCAGAUAUAAUUGGGGAUUACAAUUUUGUUUGUCCGCUGCUAGAAUUCACAAAGAGAAAUGUGGAACUUGGAAACAAAGCCUAUAUAUACUUCUUCAACCACAGAUCGUCAAAACUAGCAUGGCCGGCUUGGAUGGGAGUUGUGCAUGGUUAUGAAAUUGAAUUUGUUUUUGGAAUUCCAAUGCAUAGGAGACUCAAUUACACAAAAGAGGAGGAACAAUUGAGUAGAACAGUGAUGAAGUUUUGGGCCAAUUUUGCAAAAACUGGCAAUCCAAAUGGAGCACAGUCUCAGGAAAACAGAUGGCCAGCUUUCACACUUGAUGAGCAACAUUACCUUAUUUUAGACACAGAAGACUUAAAGACAGAUCAGAAAAUGCGUGCCAAGCAGUGCAGAUUCUGGAACAAAUUCUAUCCCAAUAUCCUGCAGAUAACAGGAAAUAUUGAUGAAGUAGAACAACAGUGGAAGGAUGAAUUCCAUCGCUGGAACAAUUACAUGAUGGACUGGAAAAAUCAAUUUAAUGAUUACAGCAGUAAGAAGGAAAGCUGCACUGGUCUCUAAUUAAUGGCUUUACCCUAUAGAGAACCACAUACAUAGUAGGCACAUACAUAUUGGUAGCCAUUUCAAGUUUGGUAAUAUUCAAAUUAAACAGCAAAACAUUUUAGGAGGUAUAAAAAUAUACUUUAUUAUUGUUUGUGCAUUAUAAAGUCUUGUACUUCAUCAAAUCCUAUUUGUAUGUUAAUCAUUAAACACUCCAAAAUAGGGGCGAUGAGAUCGUAAAUUUACAGUACAUAUACAGACCAUAUUUAUGUUAAAAGAAAACAUCAAAACUAAAAAAAUUCUUAAGCCAGGCUAUGAAGUCUAUGAAGAAAUUGUUCUAUUUGUUAGGAAUAUAAAAGAGCCACAUGAUAUCUAUAGGAUAGGGGAAUAACUAUUAUGUCAGUAGGGGUCCAACCACUGGGACUCACACUGACCAUGUGAUUGGGGAUCUUGUACACUGCAGAAUGUCCAAAAUGAAUGGAAAGGCAGGUCCAUGUAUCACUAUGGGACUGCCAUGCCACUCAUCUCUAUGGGUCAGGCACUUAUACCUAACUAUCUAUCU